AGUACUAAUCAGUAACUUUUGCUCAGUUUUUCAAUGUCUCUGAAUAUGUUAUACAUAUCAUUAAUAAUUAUUGUGAUAACAUUGGUGCUUUUGCACCUAUGCUUCAACUACCAUGAGGAGGCCAGAGAGUUUCUGAAGAUUCCUGGAUUGAAGGACAGAUUUUUGAUUGGGAAUGCUUUUGAAAUAUUUAUGGCACCAGAAAAACUUUUUGCAUUGAGAUUUGUUUUGGCUAAAAAGUUCAAGGGAAUAUUCAGAUUUUACGCAUACCCUUAUAAAUUUAUAAUGAUUUAUAAUCCGGAAGAUGCGGAGGCUAUAUUAUCUGGUAUGAAAUUUUCUGAAAAAUCUAUAGUAUAUAGGAUUAUCAAGCCGUGGUUGGCAGAUGGAUUACUUCUCAGCAGCGGUGCAAAAUGGCAACAAAGAAGAAAGAUCCUGACACCUGCCUUCCAUUUUGAUAUUCUUCGUCAGUUCCAUGUUACCAUGGAGGAGAACAGUAAACAAUUGACGGAUACUUUGGAAAAGAAUAUAAAGGAAACUAUUGAUAUCAAACCCAUCAUCACUGAGUAUACGAUCAACACCAUUUGUGAAACAGCAAUGGGAACGAAGUUGUCAGGAGAAAAUUCAGCUGCAGGAAAGACUUACAAAAAUGCAGUACUCAGUCUUGGUGAAAUGUUUGCACAACGUUUUGUAAAGGCGUAUCUAUUUCUUGAGUUUGUUUUUAACUUAUCGUCAUUGAAGUUUAAACAAGAGAAGACUAUACAAAUUGUAAAAAAAUUCACAGGAGAAGUUAUUAAUAAGAGAAAGGAAUACAUAGAUCAAUAUGGUUCAGCUAUUAAUCCUACAGAACCGCACGGAGAUGGUGUUUAUAAGAAAAGAAAGAAAGCCGCUUUCCUAGAUCUAUUACUCGCCGCUGAGAAUGAAGGACAAAUUGACAGAAGCGGAAUACAAGAAGAAGUUGAUACAUUUAUGUUUGAGGGCCACGACACAACAGCAUCUGGGAUUACAUUUCUACUUCUGAUGCUUGCAAACCAUAAAGAUAUACAGGAAAAAGUUUAUCAAGAAAUGAAUAGCAUCUUUGGUGAUUCUACAAGACAAGCUACUAUUGAUGACCUGGCUCAAAUGAAAUACUUGGAACUUUGUAUAAAAGAGACUUUAAGACUUUAUCCACCAGUUCACUUUAUGGCAAGAACGUUAAACGAACCGGUAAAGUUAAGUAAUUACAAUAUCCCAGCUGGAACUGAGUGUUUAAUUCUCAUAUUUGACCUACAUCGCCGUGAAGACUUAUUUAAAAAUGCUUUAACAUUUGAUCCUGAUCGAUUUUUACCUGAAAACAGUGUUGGUAGACAUCCAUACGCUUACAUACCUUUCAGUGCUGGACCUAGAAAUUGUAUAGGUAAAAGGUUUGCAAUAAUGGAAAUGAAAUCUGCAGCAUCAGCGGUUAUUCGACGUUACAAACUUGAAGCAAUAACCAAACCAGAAGACAUUAGGUUUGUUGGCGAUAUAAUUCUUCGAUCUAUUGAUCCAAUUUAUAUGAAGAUUAUCAAAAGAAAAAUAUAAAAAUAAUAAAAAAUCCUUCUAGUGUUGGUUCGCUAUAUAUUUUCUUUUUAAUUAUUGUCAAAUGUAUAUUUUUUUACUUUGCAACUUUAAGGAAUUUGACUCGCACUUAAUGGCGUUUUUACCAUUAUUUUUAACAAUCAUACGUAUUAUGUAAAUAGUAACUUUAUAAAAUAUAAAAUCAUGUCUAUGUAUUACUACAAUAAAUAUAAAAAUCAAAACAGUUGCUUAUUA